AACUCUCUGAGCAAUCGAGAUAGACAUUUUUCUUCGCAACUCCACCACGCAGCAAGAAAAAUGCCUCCUAGAGUAUCGCGCAGCUCGCUGCCCAAGGGAAAGCCGUCGAAGCCGCAAAACUCGGGCGGUGGCGGCCGUGCGCCCAAGAAAUCUGCGAAGCGUGCACUCAACGCCUUCGCCAUUGCCUCACACGACGUACCCGAGCGCAACAAGGGACGCAAGAGCAGACUUGGCGAGUCGGAAUACGAUGCACAGAAAAAGAGACCAAGGGAUGACUUGGACGAGGACGAAGAUGAAGAAGAGGAGGGUGCAGAUGUGAAGAGGAGGAAACAGACCAGAGGUGGUGAUGAUAGCUAUGAUGAAGGCAGCGAUUCGGAAGGCAACAAUUGGAAAAUGGGACAUGUGGACGAUGACAACGAUAGCGACAUCGACAGUGACGAGGCAUUUGGGGAGAGCGAUGAGGAAAGGUUUGAGGGGUGGACGUUUCGAGGAAGUCAGAGCAAUCAGAUGGGCGGCAAACCGAAGAAACGAGUCCAGCAAAUGGAUAUGGGAGACGAUAUCGAUUUGGAUGAGGAGGAUAGUGGUGACGAGGAAGAGGACGAAGACGACCUCGGCGAAGAUGCUAUUGAUCUGGCCACGGCGCUGGAUCAAUACGAGGAAAGCGAGGAGGAGGAGAAAAAGAAGGCAAAAAAGUCGAAGAAAAAGAGAGUGAGCUUCGACGACAGUGACGAAUCGCCAAGUGAAGCAGACGACGUCGCUGCUGACGGCGCUUCAGACUUCUCUUCCAGCGGUGGCGAGGAGGAAGAAGACGAGGAAGACCGACAAGCACAACUGAAGGACCUCAUCUCGUCGCUAGCCGCAAAAGAAGAGCAAAAGUCGACCGCUCGCGGGGCAGAAGUUCACGAAGCGAGCGCCCCGUCCGAGUUCGGUGUUUCCAGGAAAGUCGACCUGGCCAGCUUCAAGUCCAAGACUGCCGAUCCGGAGCGCAAAAAGGCCUUGAAAUUGCUGCAAGAUGAGAAGCCUUCCACAAAGCGCAACGACCUCUCCCGCAAAUUGGACGCCCCGCUCCCAAAACGCCAGCAGGACAAACUAGACCGCGCAGCUGCCAAUGCAAAAGCCGAAGAGACUCUCGAACGAUGGGUCGAUACUGUCAAGCAGAAUCGCCAAGCCGAGCAUCUGCACUUCCCUCUCAACCAGCCAGGAAGCGCCAAAAGCACAGGUGAGACUCGUCUGUCGGCCACAACUACGGCUGCACCUACGAACGAACUCGAGAGCACGAUCCAGUCCAUUUUGCAACAGAGUGGGCUCUCAAACGGCCACGAAGACGAAGAGAAGAUACAAAAAUGGGAAACCCUGCAGACCAACAAGCUUCCGCUCGAGGAAGUCAUGAAGCGCCGAGCACAAUUGCGGAUGGAGCGAGAACUACUCUUCCGCGAAGAAGUGCGCGCCAAGCGAGUCAAGAAGAUCAAGAGCAAGGCGUACCGUAGGGUACACAGGAAAGAGCGUGAGAGGAUGAUGCAACGCGAGCGGGAUGGUUUGAAAGCCGACGGCGUCGACAUCUCGGAAGAUGAGCGCGAGUACAACAGCCGCCGCCGAGCUGAAGAGCGCAUGGGCGCCAAACACCGCGACAGCAAGUGGGCCAAAGGCGUCAAGGCUUCUGGGAAAGCGGCGUGGGAUGAGGAUGCUCGCUCAGGCGUCACUGAAAUGGCUCGAAGGAACGAGGAGCUGCGUCGUCGCAUGGAAGGCAAAGACGUCCAGGACGAAGACGAGGAUGCCUCUGAUCUAUCUAGCGAGGAUGAAGACGAAGACAUGGAUGACGAGGACGCCGAUCACGACCAGAUUCUGCAGCGUCAGCUCGGGCGCUUGAAGGAAAACCCCUUCUCCACCAAGGAAUCCAAACUCGGAUCCAUGGCCUUUAUGCAAAAAGCCGAAGACGCACGUAGGGCUCAAAACGACGAAGACAUUGAGCGCAUCCGCAAAGAGUUGGCAGGAGAGGAAAGCAACAGCGAGUCCGACGAAGACGAGACCUCAACACGAGCCGGUCGCCGUAAAUUCGGUCCCGUCGACCCCAGUAAAUCCCGCCCUGCUAUUCGCGUCCACCAGAGCGAAUUCGAAGAACGAGAAGCAGCGUCUGGCUCUGAAGAUGAAAACGAUACUAGCAAACCUGCGUCAUCAUCAACAGAAGAAAAGCCGACCAGCACCCGCAACCAACCCAAACAAUCCAAGAAGAAGAACGGUCUCGCAUCAGCGGCGGACUUGGGCAAAAUCGACGAGACAUCGUCAUCCCAGCAGCAGCAGCAAAACCCCUACCUCGUCCAAGCAAAGAAGUCCAAAAAGCCCUCAUCCGACUCACCCAUGACGGACCCCACAUCCACCCAAACCACCUCUCAACCCCAAAAACCCGCCAACAAGAAGAAACAAUCUUCAUCUUCUGCCCCGCAACCCCACGGCCUAGCAGGAAACCCAACCCUCAGCGCCCCCGACGCCGACGGAUUCCAAACCGUGCACUACUCAUCCGACGACGAUGAAGACUCAGACCUCGAAAACGAAGGCAUCGACCUCACAUCCGCAAUCACGCGCAACAACCUCCUCACAGCGUCGGCAUUCGCCUCGGACGCCGCAGCCGUCGAAGCCGAAUUCGCCGCGGAAAAGGAGGCCCUGGAGAACGCGUCCGAAGACGAGCGCCGCGCCGCGCGCGACAAGAAGAACGCGGCGUUACCUGGUUGGGGCUCGUGGGCUGGCGAGGACCUUCCCUCUUCUUCUGGUAAAGGGAGAAGGAGAGGAGGGGCAGGGAAGAGGGAGACUACGUAUCAGAAGAAAGAACAUGCGGCUUCGGCUUCGGCUUCUGCUUCAAAGGGGAAGAAUGGCGGGAAGAAGGAUAAGAAGUUGGUGGGAGGGGAAGUUGGUGGCGAGAGGGUCAUGCAGAUGCAGCGGAGGCAGAAGGCUAAUACAAAGUAUAUGGCGUCGCAGCUGCCGUUCCCGUUCGAGAGCAGGGAGCAGUAUGAGAGGGGAUUGAGGAUGCCCUUGGGUGGCGAGUGGACAACCAAGCAGACGCAUCAGACGGCUACUAUGCCGAGGGUUAUGGUUAAGCAGGGGAUUAUUGGAGCUUUGAAGAAGCCUCUUGUUUAGUUGGAGAGAUACAUAUGUAAUUAAGUGUGUAUGAGAAAAUGCAGUACGACAUGAUGUGGCUGUGGUCAAGAGAUGGCUCGCUGGCCAUGUGUUCAGACUUUCCUGGUAAGCCAUUGAAAAGGAAGGACGGACAGUGGAAACAAAAGGGUUUAGAUAAUGGGAUGGAUAUCGAGCAUGAGAGACAAAUAGAGCAUAAGUCAUAGUUCGGGAGUUUUAUUAGAAAUUGAAUGACCUCUCCUACUUGGUAAUGCCCACUUGCACAUCCGUGCACAGCCAGUCAAACAUCACGACACUCCCAUACUAGCACCCAAUACCAUUGCCCAAACAACACCCCAACUACGACUCGUCCCUCCAUCCAACCACCUCUCGUCCCACGUUUUGCCCCCUUGCCCAUCUUCUCUUCUAUCCUUUAUCACUACCCUCGCUGCUUUAUUCUCCUCAUCCUGUUCAGACUCUUUCCCCUCCGAGUCAUCCCCCUCACUGUCCACACUCCUGCCCGCUUCCAAACCAUCCAU